ACUAGCCACUGUCCUGAGCUAACUUAUCUAAGCCUUUAUCUGGAAGAUCCGGAAGAAGGUUAUUUACAGUCGCUGGUGCAGCUAACUAAGCUGACGCACCUAUCAUUAGAGGGAGAGGUAAGCAGAAAAAUGUUUCAAAGGGCAAUCAAGUCUCUCGAACUCGUUGAGUUAGACGCGACGUCUCCUGGAGUUCUGCUCGAGAACCUUCUUGAAGUUGCGCCACGGUUGAACUGUCUGAAAGUCAUUCAAGGCCAACACGAUCAUUUGGAGUUACAGUUUAUCUGCGAAAAGUUUUCGUAUCUCCAACACUUAGAAGUGGACGUAAGAAAAGUGACUGCAGCCGACAAUUUUGUACGAUUUGAUGGAUUGGCCCACUUGCAGGAACUUAAAUUAUGGGGCCUUAUCGGCAUUAACUACAUUCAUCCCAACAACGUCCGGUGCUUGACAAUAUCCUAUGGUUUUCUAACGGAUGAUGACCUUAUCAAGAUACCGGAAAAGUUCCCUUUGCUAAAGAGAUUGAUCCUCGAUAUCUGUUACCAGGUGUCUAGGCCAGGUAUAGAACGGCUACAUAAAUUGAUACCGUCUUGCAGAAUCGACUGUUAUGAACAACGCUUCUAUCCCGUGGACAAUAGUACUUCGAACUGA